GUACUGGGAUGAGCGUUUCGUUCACCUGAAAACCAAAAUGGCGGACAGCGGUGGACUAGAUUUUGAAGCAGUUAGGGAAAGAUUAAAGUCUUGUGUCAACAAAGCCAAGGAUGAAAGUGACGAAGCGGAAUUAGUUGCUGCUUUCCAAAGUGCAGCUGGAAGUGAACAAGAGAAAAAACUGGUGGUUGAUCAAGUUUUCAGAGAUCUUGUCAAAGAUUCAGUGCUUAAGGGAGGAGAUAUGGAAAGAUGUGAACUCUUGAUCAAAUUAGUUAUCAAGUCAGCCCUUCAAGGAUACUGUUCCCUCAACUUAGUUUUCAUUGUAUUGAGUGACGUUUUUGACUGCAUCACUCUGGAGAAUUGUGAUCCACUUUUCUCAUUUGUAGAAGAAAAGGUUUCUACUUGGACCAUGCCAUUAUUUUUUUCUGCUGGAAAGAACCUUCUCCUUAGGAUGUGUAACGACUUGCUGCGUCGGUUAUCAACUUCCCAGAACACAGUAUUUUGUGGAAGAAUUCAAUUGUUCCUAGCAAGGCUGUUUCCUCUUUCUGAAAAAUCAGGUCUGAAUUUAAUGAGUCAGUUUAAUUAUGAAAAUGUCACAACAUAUACAAAACAAACAACAGCUGAACUGAAGGACAAAGCUAUUGGAAGUGAAAUGGAAGUAGAUGGCAGAGAGGCCGGGGAAUUAACAACAAGUACUGUCCCAAUAGACUUCAACCUGUACAAGAAAUUUUGGGCGUUACAAGAUUAUUUCCGUAAUCCCACUCAGUGUUAUACUACUUUGGCCUGGAAAACAUUUACACAGUAUACAAAAGAAGUUCUAAAUGUGUUUAGAAGUGUCAAGUUAGAACAUGUUACAUGGAAAAAGAAAGCCAAGGAAUUUAAGGAUCUCCAAGGGAGUGACAGCAAGGAUCUGGCUCGCUAUUUUGCCAAGUUUCUUACGAACGAGAAGCUCCUUGAUCUUCAACUAAGUGACAGUAACUUCAGGAGAACUAUCCUUGUACAAAUGUUGAUAAUAUAUCAGUACCUUGCUGGUAAUGUUAAGUUCAAAAGCACAAACCAGGUACUAAGCGAGUCUCAAUCCACAUGGAUUAAGGAUGCAACAUCUCAAGUAUAUGAAUUGUUGAGGGAAACACCACCAGAUGGCGAUAAAUUUGCCAAGACUGUUGAGCACAUCCUCGAAAGAGAAGAAAACUGGAUAUCAUGGAAGAAUGAAGGAUGUCCGAGUUUCAUUAAAGACAGAAGCCAAGAUGAAGUGACACCCAAACCCACAAGAAAGCGUAAAGUCAGUCUAGGGGAGGAGAUGGCCUCAGGUUGGAAGUCCAAAAAAGUGCUCAUGGGAAGCAAUGAGUUGACUCGUCUUUGGAAUUUAUGCCCUGACAAUUUGGAAGCUUGCAAAGCCGAUAACAGAGUUUUUCUCCCAACCCUUGAGGAAUAUUUUUCUGAGGCCAUAGAACAAGCUGAUCCAGCCGCUAUGGUGGAAGAAGAGUACAAAGCUUGAAGAAUGAGGAGGGCAUUGUGGAAAAUGGAACCUCGGACUCAGCCGUGCCUAUUACGUGAUGGCGCCAAAAGCAAGUCACUGGCAUGUGUGAAGUGAAGACAGCUUCACAUCAGCAGGAUAUUUUAUCCAUUGACUUCUUUCAAAAUUGUAAUUAAAGCUAUUUAGGAAAAAAGACUACAGUUUCAGUAA